UGGGGUUCAUCUACUCACAGUCCGAAACCACCCCCUGACAGUUGACACGGGGUGCAGCUUUGACAACCGCACAUCGGAGUUUCACCAGCAGUUUCUUCCGUACACACCAUGGCGGCAUCUGCCAUCUCUCUAUCACCAGCAUCAUCAUCUCGACAGUCUCUAACCAUUAUUCGAACAAGCCAAUUACAGUAUCUCUCCAUCUCUUCCAGUUCCUUCAUCCGCCCAUUUCUGCUUCGAACUCCUGCUUUACGUCUCCAAGCUACCCGCCGUCCUCCUAAUUAUCCUCAGGAAGGUGAGAAUCCGGCGGCGGAUCCUAGGAUAUGGAAUCGGAACCGUAAUGAUAUGACUUUUUCCGGAGAUUACGAUGAAGACGAUGACGAAGAUGAUGAGGAGGAGGAGGAAGAUGACAGGAGCAUGGAUCUUCUGAUUAGGUUUGUUGAGAACGUGUUUAAGAAGAUAUCUAAGCGAGCUCGCAAAGCCGUUCGAUCUGUUCUUCCUAUCAAUAUCCCCACCAAAUUGGUGGGAUUCUCUGUUAAUGGAGUUAUAAUUCUGGCAUUCUUUUGGAUUCUAAAGGCAUUCCUUGAGGUGGUUUGUACACUUGGAAGUGUAGUUUUUGUAAGCAUAUUACUUGUUCGAGGGGUAUGGACUGGAAUAUCAUAUUUUCAAGAAGGUGGUAAUUACCGGAGGACAAAUGAUUUUGAUGAUGGGAAUCAGGCAUGGAAUGGAACUCAGCCUGUGGGUUGACAGUUGACUCAAACAUUGGAAUCGGAAUCGGAAUUGCAAUAUGGGAUACAAUAAUUUCACUUUAUUAUGUGAUUAAGCCAAAGUUGAUCAUGAAAGAAAAUAAGUUUACAUUUUCCUGGUUUCUAUAACAAUCAGGAAACUAGAUCAUCAAAAUACCAGUUAUACCCUUGUUCAUUUUAGAUUUUGCUUGAUUGAACUCUUGGGAUUACUAACAUGAGGGGGGCUGUAGAUAUGAUAAAUAGAUCAUCUUAAACAUCA